AUGUCCAAACAGUUACCAAAAAUGCUUCCUAAUAAAUUAUGUUUGUGUGUGGUUUCAGUGGAUGGCUGGUGGACCUCCCAGUUGAAGUUAGUGCUCCUCGGGGGCAGGAACUCAGGGAAGAGUUCCCUGGGAAACCUCCUCCUGGGCAAAAAGGAGUUCGCCCCCUCGGAGAGGACGUCCUGUUUGCGGCGGGUGGCCCCGGCGGGCCGACACUGGCUCACGGUGGUGGACACGCCGGGCUGGUGGUGCGACUUCGGUGCGGAGGACAGUGCACGAAUGGUGCGCCGGGAGAUCCAGGGGAGCGUCGCCAUGUGCUCCCCAGGACCCCACGUCUUCCUGGUGGCGGUCAAAGCUGGCUCGCACUUCACAGAGAAGCGCCGCAAGGCCCUGGAGGAGCAUGUGGGCCUGCUUGGGCCCGAGGUGUGGCACCACUGCGUGGUGGUCUUCACAUCAUUAGGUACACCCGACCAGAAACGGGACUGGGAGCUCUCAGAGUCGGAAGCCCUUGGUUGGCUGAGGGAUAAGGUCGGACACAGAUGCCACCUCAUCGACUUGAGCGAUAUAAGUCGAGUCCUGGAGCUAAUGGAGACCGUCCGGAGAUUGGUCACCACCAACCGAAACAAAGUGUUUGAGAUGGAGGACAGCGUUUGCAGGGCCCUAGAGGACGAGAAGAGACGAGUGGAGGACGACGCCCGCGCCAGGUUUUUGAACGUGAAAAUUCACAGGGCCUUUAUGAGAGAGCGGGCUCGUCCUCUACCUGACAUCAGGAUCGUGCUGUUGGGAGCCAAAGGUUCCGGAAAGACGUCUUCUCUGAACACCAUUCUGGGCCGGGACCAAGGGCGGCGGCCCACAGGAAGAACUGCUCGCUGCGUAAUCGAACGAGGCGCAGCCUUCGGGAGGCAGGUGACGGUGGUGGACACCCCCGGCUGGUGGAUGAACUUCUUCGUCCACGAGAGCACUGCUUUCGACCGUGGUCAGAUCAGGCUCGGCCCAUCCUUUUGCGGUCUGGGUCCGCACGCCUUCCUGCUGGUGGUGCGCCCGGACCGCGCCUUCUCCGAGACCUACCGGCGUGCGGUGCAGGAGCACUUGCAGCUGCUGGGCGGGGAUGUCUGGGGCCGGGUCAUGGUGCUGUUCAGCUUCGGGGACUGGCUGGGCGAGACGGCCGCCGAGCAGCACGUGGAGAGCGAGGGGGAGUCGCUGCAGUGGCUGGUGGAGCGCUGCAGGAAUCGAACCCACGUGCUGAAUAACAGGACUGCUGGGGAUGGAUUCCAGGUGAGGGAGCUGCUGGCAAAAAUAGAGGAGUUGGUGGCGGGCUGCGGCGGCGGACAUUGGCGGGCCGACACCAAAGAGGAGGAGCAGUUGGUGAGGAUGAUGAGCCUGAAGGAGAAGAAGAGGAAGAUGAAUAUGGUACAGCAGAAGAGGGAGGCCAACGUGCAAGAUGACAAGUCCCGCCCCCUCUCUGAAGUGACGCUCGUAUUGGUGGGUGGCAGCAAAACGGGAAAGAGCUCAUGCGGCAACACGUUGCUGGGCCACGACUGCUUCCACACAGGCCGUCCUACUACCUCGUGCACCCUGAGGCGAGGCCGUAUCGGCGAACGGGCGGUGACUGUACUGGACACGCCGGGCAACUUCCCUCUAACUACCGACCUUAUGAAGGGGACGCCGUCCUGGGCCGUGCUGGUGGUUGUGAACGCCAGCGCCGCCUUCACCGAUGGCCAUGGGAGAGCCUUGGAGGCACAGAUGGGAGGGCUCUGGAGGAGGGCCAUGGUGGUCUUCAGCCACGGCGACUGGCUGGGCGACACAGGAAUCGAACAACGGCUGGAGAGCGAGGGGCCGGCGCUGAGGGAGCUGGUUGCCAAGUGCGGGAACAGAUACCACAUGUUGGACAACAAGCGGCGAUUCAGCACCUCGCAGGUUCUACAGCUGAUGGCGAAGGUGGAGCGCGCGAUGGUGGGGGAGUCUCACACCACGAAUGGAUCAUCUGGCCCACAGUACCACAAUAGUGCCACGCUGUGCAAGGAUCUAAGUUUGAUGCCCAGUGACGGUCAUCAGCUUUCACAUGACUUUAGGUGCAGUGACUCUUCCACUGGACCUUUCAGUGAGUCCUCCAGUGAGCAUCCCUCAGUGGACUCUUGUGAAUCUUCAUCUGCCGACAAACAAGUCGGACUUCCGUCAGGCGCAUGGAACAGCGGCAACGCCACAUUCUGUUUGUUGGCUGUGCUUCGGGACAGAUUGAAAUCUUUCAGCAUCAACGUACCAACAUGGCUCCAUGCUAACCCAUCCAGACUUCCCAUGAUGCUCCUGGUGCUGCCUCCACCCCGGCAGGGGUCACUUCCUGAUGGGUAUGCCCGCCUGGAGCACUCCCUCUUCAGCCAGACUGGAGACUGGAGCAGCCUGGAGGAGCUGGAAGCCUUCAUCGACUCGUAUUUUGACACGCUGUGGGAGCGACAGGCCUCGACUGCGUUCCCACCAUCGCCUCAGCCUGGGUGGGCCGCCGCCCCGCAAUCAGGGGAGCACCUGCUUUCGUCCAUCGAAAGGAAACUAUCCAAGCUGGACUUGCUGGAGGAGAUCCGGGAGGACCUGACAGAAGUGAGGAGGAGCCUGGAGCUCAGCUGGAAGGUCAUACAGGACCUCAGAUGCAAAAAUAAACACCAAUGAACGACACUCGGCAGACUCAAGAUGAGGUACAACUGUCUUCACAUGGGAAGGUUGAG